CGCGUUGCCGGAGCCCCCUGUGCCGCCCCCGCGCCGAAAGCCCGCCGGGUCCUGCGGCAGCAGCCAUGCCAGCGGCGGGCCCCGAGGAGCCCGGGCGGUGCUGCUCUUACCGCGCGGUGCAGAAAAGGCUCCCAAUCCUCAGCUGGCUUCCGCGGUACUCCCUGGCCUGGCUGCAGCUCGACCUGAUCGCUGGAGCGACCGUGGGCCUGACGGUCAUACCGCAGGCGCUGGCGUAUGCCGAGGUGGCCGGCCUGCCUGUCCAGUAUGGCCUCUAUUCUUCCUUCAUGGGCUGCUUUGUCUACUGCUUACUGGGAACCUCCAAAGAUGUGACACUGGGUCCCACUGCCAUCAUGUCGCUGCUUGUCUCUUCUUACACGUUCCAUGACCCCGUCUAUGCCGUCCUGCUCGCCUUCCUGUCAGGUUGCAUCCAGCUGGCCAUGGGGCUCCUACGUCUUGGUUUUAUUCUGGACUUUAUAUCCUGCCCAGUCAUUAAAGGAUUCACCUCAGCUGCUUCAGUCACCAUUAGCUUCAACCAGGUCAAGAACAUCCUGGGACUGCACGGAAUCCCUCGGCAGUUUUUCCUGCAGGUGUAUCAAACGCUGAGAAGGAUCGGAGAGACCAGGGCUGGGGAUGCCAUCCUUGGGCUGGCCUGCCUGGUGGCACUAACAGGGCUUGGGGCAAUGAAGAGUCGCCUUCCCAGAGCUCCCAGUGUGGAGCCGCUGUCCGCCAGGGUCAGUUAUUUCAUCGUCUGGAUCUCCGCCACGGCACGCAAUGCCCUCGUCGUCCUGUUUGCUGGCCUGGUUGCUUACUCCUUCCAGGUGAUGGGCUCUCAGCCGUUCACGCUCACCGGGAAGAUCCCCCAAGGGCUCCCUGCAUUCCAGCUGCCGCUGUUUUCUGAGGUUGCCCCCAAUGACACUGUCCCCUUCAGCAGGAUGGUGCAGGACAUGGGAGAUGGAUUGGCCGUGGUCCCGCUCAUGGGCCUGCUGGAGACCAUUGCGAUUGCCAAGGCUUUUGCCUCGCAGAACGAUUACAGGAUUGACCCCAACCAGGAGCUGCUGGCGAUGGGCUUCACCAACAUCCUGGGCUCUUUCGUCUCCUCGUAUCCCGUCACGGGCAGCUUCGGGCGGACGGCGGUGAACGCGCAGACGGGCGCCUGCACCCCCGCGGGAGGGCUCGUCACAGGGGCCCUGGUCCUGCUCUCGCUCGCCUACCUGACCUCCUUCUUCUACUACGUUCCCAAAGCGGCGCUGGCCGCCGUCAUCAUCUGCGCUGUGGUGCCCAUGUUCGACGCCGGGAUCUUCGGGACGCUGUGGCGGGUUAAGAGGCUGGACCUCGUGCCCCUGUGCGUGACAUUCCUGUUCUGCUUCUGGGAGGUCCAGUACGGCAUUGUGGCUGGGAUGCUGGUCUCAGGGGUUCUCCUGCUCUACCCCAUUGCCAGGCCCCCAAUAAAGGUGUCUGACCAGGGAGAGCUCCUCGUGCAGCCCGGGAGCAGCCUGCAUUUCCCGGCCAUCGAGUACCUGCGGGACACCGUGUGCAGACACGCUCUGGCAGGAGCGUCUUCACCGUGCUCCGUCAUCCUGGACUGCCACUACGUCAGCAGCAUCGAUUACACGGUGGUGGUGGGGCUGGCAGAUCUGCUGCACGAGUUGCACAAGCAAGGCCUCUCCCUGACCUUCCGCGGCCUGCAGGACAAUGUUCUCCAAGUCUUGCUGUCUGCAAACUUAGAAGAGUUCCAGCAUUUCACCAGCUGGCAGGAGGCAGAGCAGCACGGCGAAGCGGAGCUGCGGAGCAGCUGGGCUGUCCUGUUCCCCGGCGCCGAGCGCUCGCCGCUGGCCGCGGGGCGCAUCCAGUGAGGCGGCCGGGCGCCCUCGCGGUGCUCGAGGCUCGGCCGCUCCUGCUUGCCCCGGGCGACGGGUGUCCUCCCUGGCCGUGGGCAGGGUUAGUGCGCUGCAAAGCGGCGCGGCUUCGUGGCGCUCUCCCAGCCGGGCUCCUUGUUGCCGUCUCCGGGGGCUCCGUGCCGCACGGAGCCGUGCCGUUAGCCAGGUCUGCGUGGCACACCGCCCCGGGCCCGUCCCUGGCUUGCAGGGCCCGCGCGGAUCCGGUGCGCCGCAAGCCUCGGCUCUCCCGCCUGCCCUUGCCCGACUCCGCGCGGGCGCCCGCGGGGAAGGCGCCCCGGCAGCGGGUCGUUGCUCCUCGCUGCGCCGUGGAGCGAGUGCACGUGGCGAUGCUGGUGCUGAGCAGCAGGGCACGGGGCCCAGGGUUCAUGAGAAAGGCAUUUUCCUGAAUGAAGGUGGCUGACGCUCGCCCGGCUAUGAGGAGGUUUCCUUUCCGAGGCGGAGUUCUGCAUAGGCUGCAAAAUAAAACAGUAAUUAGAAACGA